GUCUUGUUUCCGGGGACGUUUUAGGGAAGAACACUCGUCCCUCCCCCUGCCGGUCAGGUGAGCCCGGCUUCUUCCGCUCCUCGUGGAUUUGGCCGGAGUCGCCUCGUGAGCUGUUGCCGCCGCCGACUCUGAGGUCUCGCCGUGUGGACUCGGGGGUCCGGAGGUCCCAGGCCGCGAGAACGUCACGAUGCCUAAAGCACCAAAGGGAAAAAGUGUAGGACAAGAAAAAAAAGUCAUCCAUCCAUACAGUAGAAAAGCGGCUCAAAUUACGAGAGAGGCCCACAAACAAGAAAAAAAGGAAAAACUGAAGAAUGAAAAGGCGUUACGUCUCAAACUUAUUGGUGAAAAACUGCAGUGGUUUCAAAAUCAUCUUGAUCCCCAAAAAGUAGGAUAUUCAAAGAGAGAUGCUUGUGAAUUAAUUGAAAGGUAUUUAAAUCGGUUCAGCAGUGAGCUGGAGCAGAUUGAGUUACACAACAGCAUCAAGGCCAGGCGGGGCCGGCGGCACUGCGCCCGAGAGGCGGCCAUCAAGCAGACCACGGAGCGAGAGUGGCGGCAGUACAGGGGCUGCGGCCUCGAGAUUCCAGACAUUUUAAAUGCAGGUAAUCUGAAAACUUUUAGGGAAUGGGAUUUUGAUCUGAAGAAAUUGCCAAACAUUAAAAUGAGAAAAAUCUGUGCUAAUGAUGCAGUGCCUAAGAAGUGUAAGAAGAAACCUGUGACAGCUGUAGACAGAGAUUUAGGAGAAUUGGAACUGAAAGAUGAAUCAAGUGACACAGAUGAGGAAAUGACUGCAGUGGCCUAAUUGUCUUUACUUGAGUUGAAAAUAAAUAAUUUGAGAACUUCAAGUUACACUUGAAUUGAUUAUGGUAAAUAAUUGUCUCUACACAACAGUUUGCUGUUUAGCUUAUUCUCUUAUAUGAGAAUCCCAUUUUCAGUUUCAAAAACAGUGUUAUGAUUUUAACUUAAAAAUGAAUGUUGCUUUAUGUUUAUAUAAAUAUGUUCAGACCCUGCUUAAAAACCCAGACCGUUAUAAAAUCUUAAGAACUCGGGCUUCCCUGGCGGCGCAGUGGUUAGGAAUCUGCCUGCCAAUGCAGGGGACACGGGUUGGAUCUCUGGCCCAGGAGGAUCCCACAUGCCACAGAGCAGCUAAGCCCAUGAGCUACAACUACUGAAGCCCGCGCACCUGGAGCCCAUGCUCUGCAACAAGAGAAGCCACGGCAAUGAGAAGCCCACGCACCGCAACAAAGAGUAGCCCCUGCUCACCGCAACUAGAGAAAGCCCGCACACAGCAACGAAGACCCAGCGCAGCCAAAAAUAAAACAAAUAAAUAAAUUUAUAUAUUUAAAAAAAAAAUCUUAAGAACUCAAGGCUGUUUGAAUGUUGCAGAUACAAAUCUGCAGAAAUCCAGGUAAAAUAGCACCUUUGGGCUGACUUAAGGAAAGAAAACUAAUUUUCAUCUUUCUUCAUUAAAGUGUAAGUAAGUCCUACACAAUUAUCGUUUGACAGCUACCAUAAUGAUAAUGAUCAGUUUUAAGAGCUCUGCUUCGUUCCAAAAUAUUCAUUGUCAUGGCAAGGAAAGGGAAAUUGUGUCAGGCAGAUGGAAAAACCUUCCUCCCCACCUCUCCUCCAUGACAAUUAGAGUAUCUUAGUGAUGUCAUUGCUCUAAUGAGCUAGUUUUCCAGCCCAAAUAAGUAGAUGUUUUGGGGACCUUUUGCAAAACAAGGUGAGUGUGACUAUGUGGCCAUCUCUUUGGAACUAUAAUCACAUGUAACAGCAGCUCGGAGUGAGGAUAGAUAGUUUUAGGGACCUUUUGCAAAACAAGAUAAAUGUAACUAUGUGGCCAUCUCUGGGACUAUAAUCACAUGUAACAAGCUCGGAGUGAGAUUUAAUCCUAGGGCAUUUUGAAAGACUCCCGAGUAUAUAUAUACCUGUCUUCCUUUUAUUUCUCCAUUGCUUUAUAUCCCAAGUCGAUGGGAACAUUUUUGUUUUGUUUGUUUACAUUUUGUUUGUACUUAAGUUUAAUUGCCCUUUGGGCUUCACUUUUAAAAAAAAUACUGGAUUUCAUUUCUUUACAAUUUAAUCUUCGAUUUUACACAAUUAGAGUGACAGUUCUUUAAAAAAAUCAACAGCAUAAAUGUAUGUUUUCUGGUAUUGAUAAUACCACAGAUUCAUGAUGAUAAAAAGCCAAGGUUUUAGCAGAACUGUAAGUUUAUUCUUCAAUUUCAUUCUUUGUUGCAAUUCCAUUUUAUUUCUUACAUAAGCAGGUGAGCAUGCUUCAAAAAAUUGCCAUUCCGGAGAGCAGUUUUUCUUUUUGAAGGGCAUAUCCAGUCCACAAAAGUGUUGUCACAAAGCCAAACCCGGUCCUCGAAAGGACAAGUGUACCACUGCCACACAGAACAUAAAAGAAUCGACACUAGGUUUUAAAUGCACAUAGUUACUUCAGAUUGUUUGAACUACCAACAGCCAUUACAGGAAAACUUUUAAAGAUUUAAAUUCAGGAGUUCAGUGUUUAAAUUUAAAGAAUAGCAGAAAAAUGUUGACUUUUAAUGUGUUAGGGAGCUAUAUUAUUUUCUCAUUUCAAGAAAGUCAAAGCCUAUUCAAGUUCAUUUUGAGAAUUUACGUAUGGUUUUAAAACACCAUGUCAUUUUUUAUCAUUAAUACAGUAAUGCUUAUCCUUACUUUUCAUUCUAGAAUUUCUUAGUGUUUGGUAUGCCCCUUAAUAAAUUAUUACUUAUUAAGCCAAUCGUCUUCCACUGUGAAAUUAUGCACUUACCUGUAUUGCUAAAGUUUGGACAGAAUUUAAAUGGUAUUUAUGGUAUAAUUCAGGUAAAUAAUCCUUUUCCUUACAGAGCAAACAAAAGAGAAAUCAACAUUUCUUUGUUUGCUGGUGGCUAGAUUUUGUUCCCUCAGGAAUAUCUGUAAACAACUGUUGCCAUUGCUAAACCUCAGGAGAAAUGGAUUAGUAAAAUGCUUAGGAAAAUUAUCAGAAAAGAAUGAAUCACAUUUAAUCCCUUGGGUGAGGUGCCACGGUGAAAUCCCCUAAAGCUUCAUUAUCCAUGAGUGCAUUUAUUUUAAACCUUGAAAAUGGAGAUUUAAGGAGUUAAUACAAAGUCCAGGUUGUUUAAGCUUCAUAUAUUUUUAAUUACACCACUAUGUCUUUAUUUGUGCAGAAAUUUUGGUCCAGUUUAGUUGCCUCAACUUAGUUUUUCCUGUGCCUUCAUUCCGCACUCCUACAGCAAGUUUUAAGAAAGAUGGGUUUUAAACCUUUUGUUUCCUGCCUGACUGAAUACCUUGACGUUUUUCUCAUGUAUAUACAGGAACAAACACAUGCCACACACACACAAAGUUGAUACUGUUGACCUUUGCUUUAUUUCUAGGAACUGGGACUAUUUGGACUCAGUGUCAGCCACUACUCAUAUCGAAUCAGACUUCUCUUCAGUAAAAGGUUAUUUCUCUUUUCUUUCCCUAUGGUAACGUGUGAGUUUUGAAAAAGCCCACUGACAAUUACAAAGUGCAUCAAUGUGAUACCCAGAUUUGUGCAAUACGAUACCCAUGCUUUGGUUCUAUGGCCAUCACGGUUGCCUUUUCACAAUAAUAAAUACGACAGCUAGCAAAAAUAAAUCACCUCAUUUUAUGUAAGACAUCUCUCUUUAACAGGCCACACUAUAUUUAUAAUCAUUAAUCUAGCUCACUGCUAUGUCAUUCACAUUUCAGUUUUACAUGAAUAUGCAAAGAAUACAAUAAUCAACUGAACUGUCAAACCUAAACAAUUCAAUUUAUUACUUAGCACAGAAUCUGUUGAAUAUUUUUGCCUCCCAGCUGAGCAAGGGAAAUACUGUCAGCUUUUUAAAAUACAGUCUAAUGCUUGGUCAUAACUACUCAUCUGUCAAGUUGACACCUCAUAAAAAAAAAGGUACGUUUGUAAAUUAUUUUCCCUAUUAUAAGUGCUUCAUAGUAGCAAAUAAGUUAAUUUCAGAACUUACCACAGGCAGAUUGCUUUGUAGUUUUGUUUUUUUACCCUUUAGAGAAAUGGUAACUUCACCUAACUCUUAACCAAGAUAUUUAAUUUGAUUAAUUUAGUGGUAACUUCACCUAACUCUUAACCAAGAUAUUUAAUUUGAUUAAUUUAGUGCUUUGUAAAAUAGUAUUUGUGAUACUUUGAAUAAAAGUGAAUUAAGCUGCUGUUUUGAAAGAUUCAAUUGUUAAAUGAAGCAGAGGCUUUGUCUCUAAUUCUAGGGCUGCACUAGCCAAUAAGUUUAAUUCAAAUUGAGCUAUGCUGUAAACAUACUGGAUUUUGAAGACUUGGUUCAUAAAAAGAGCUGUAAAAUAACUCAAUACUUUUUUUAUAUUGAUGACAUUGAAAUGAUAACUUGGGUAUAUAUAGUGUUAAAUAAUAUAUAUUAUCAAAAUUCAUUUCACCUAUUUUUACUUUUUCUAAUGGGGCUACGAGAAAAUCUAAAUUUGCAUAUGUGGCCUUCAUUUGUGGCUCACAUUAUAUUUCUGUUGGACAACACUGUUUUAGAGGGUCCAGGUGGAGUAUACAAGGCUUCUGUGGGUAUUUAACAGAGCUAAUUAAACCCCAAAAUCUCUGAAAAUCAUGAUUUAAACAUAAUUCCAAGUAUUAAUAUCUUGAAAUGUGUAUUGCAUCUAUUUUAAAAACAUGCAUCUGUCAAAACAACUGGACUCCACUAUAGCCAUAAAACCUGUUAGCUGUCAAAGUAUGAAUAUCAAAAUAUGCAUCUUGAGUUUGCUUCUGAUGUGCCUUAGGGAUAAUGCAGAUAAUUUCAAGCUUAAAACCAAAUGUGUUUGUCAUUUCCAGAUGAGAAAGGUAACAUUACAAGGCCCUAGAAGAAAGACAUGUUGCAAUUCAAGUCUGUAUUCUUGACCUUGCCCUGUUACUGUGAAGACUCAUGGGUCUGUCCAGUUAAUCUCUCCUCAUUGCCUGAAAGCAUUCCUUGCUCCAGCGGUCCUUGUCUCACAAAUCGUUCUCCAGCCAACUGUUCACAUUUUCUCUUCACACUUGAGACUGCUUCAUGGGAUCCUGAUCAUUUGGUGUUUCUUCUCCUUUCUUUUUGAGCAAAGAAAGGACAAAUGAGUCAGAAAGAGGAGAGAAGAUAAUGAGGGUGACUAACUCAGGAUCACUUCUGUCACUUGUAGUGGCUGAGGGCCAGGCGAUACUCCAGUGACACGCUCCCGGCUGGCCCCAUCACACAGCCAUCAAGAACCUACUGUGAUCAUCAGAUACUUACUUCGACAUUUAUUCCUUACAGCUAAAUCUUUAAAGGAAGUGAAAGAAUCAGACUUUAGGAUCCUCUUAAGCUCAGAAGAUGCUGUUUUAUAUUCAACCUCCACUCUGGUUAAAGAAGGCAAUUUGUUCCUCCUCAAAUGUUUUCAAGAGGGAUUUAAAAUAUUUUGACUUUUAAAUUAUGCAGUUUUUUCCAAAACUUUAAAAGCCAACUCAGGAUCAGCGCCCCCUGUUCCAAUGCCAAAGGAAGAUUAAAAUAAUAACUCACACAGAUGCCCACACUACCUGAAAAUGUGCACUUUGGGAAGUUAGGUGUUAAAUACAACUUGAACUUAAGUGCAGAGAGUCUUCUAAAAAAACUUUUACAAAAGUCACCAUGGUCCCAUUUGAAAUUACCCAGGUCAGGAGCUGUCCCUCUGGUCAGUGACUCUGUAGGAAUAACCACAGGGACUGCUUUGUGAUAAAGAUCUUGCUUCCUAUUUCAGAAGCUCUGAACACUGAAGAUAAAAGCUAUCUCAUUUUCACUUGCUUUUAAGAAACUGAAAAUAGGGACUUUCCUGGUGGUCCAGUGGUUGAGAAUCCAUCUUCCAGUGCAUGGGAUGCCGGUUCGAUCCCUGAUCGGGGAACUAAGAUCCCACGUGCUGCAGGGUAACUAAGCCUGCGUGGUGCAACUACUGAGCCCACACGCUCUGGAGCUCAUGUGCCACAACUAGAGAGAAGCCUGCAUGCCGCAAUGAAGAGCCCACAUGUCGCAACGAAAGAUCUCACGUGCUGCAACGAAGACCUGACGCAGCCCAAAAUAAAUAAAUAUUUUUAAAAACCUGAAAAUAACUUUAAAAUGGUUGAGAGUCCACCUGCCGAUGCAGGGGACAGGGGAUCGUGCCCCGGUCUGGGAGAGUCCCAUGUGCUGCAGAGCGGCUGGGCCCGUGAGCCAUGGCUGCUGAGCCUGCGCGUCCGGAGCCUGUGCUCCACAGCGGGAGAGGAUGCAACAGUGAGGGGCCCGCAUACCGCAAAACAAAAACAGAAGAGGACACUGUCUCUGGAGAACUCCUGCCACACACAUGCUCCAGCUACAUAAAACACAUCCUGGGGGGGUCUGGGGUCCUGGUCCUUUUGAGCCCAGCCCUGUUCUGCCCAGAAGCAGCACCCAAGGAGCACGAGAAGGCCCCCCCCCGCUUUUGUGACUCCCAACAAAGAGACACAGAAGACAGAAACCUCUGCUUUAAAAAAUUCUUUUCCUCCUUCCUUCUUUCCCUCACUGCCUCUCAUCUUGUUCUUUCACCUUCUUUUCUUGAGGGAGACACAAACUUAGUGUUAUCAUCUGAACAAGUUCUUCCAAAUUCACUGCUGGUUUUCUAUAUAAUAUAUAUAUUCCCCCCCCCCCCAGGGGGAGGCUAGGGGAAUAUUCCUCACUGUUUCACCUGCUAUGAUUUAGGCUACAGGCUAAAAGCCAGCAGAACCUGCUGGGAAACAGAACUGGGUACGGAGGUGAAGAUAAACAAGCCAUUUUUGCUCCCGUUUUGAAGGACCUAUCCAUUGAAAAUGUUACAACAUGCCUCAGUGGUUUUAAGACAUCUCGCUUUGCAGACUCCAUACCAUCCUUCACUGUCAAACUCAGCGCAGCAAAUAUUUCAAACUGCAGUGUUAACCUACUCUAUCAAAUUACAGCGUGCCAAUCAAUAAGCUGUACCACAUCUCUGCUAACUGCCAUCUUAUUUGUGUGUUACAAGAAGCCGACUGGGCUGAAUUAAAUACAAUGAAAGACCUUCUAUUUUUACCGCUGUUUGCCUCUUCCCAUCAGGCAGAACCUGAUACUUACCAGCUCCUUGAAAAGCCUAAAGUGGUGCAUGGCCUCUGUAUAUUUCUCCCCCACUAAGGUUUACUUGAUAAAUCUUAUUUCUCAGCUUGGGAACCCUGUGUGCUCAGUGCUUUAUAGUCCGAGCGGUCAUCAAUAACAUAACCGGAGGGCUUCCCUGGUGGCGCAGUGGUUGAGAGUCUGCCUGCCAAUGCAGGGGACACGGGUUCGAGCCCUGGUCUGAUCCCACAUGCCACGGAGCAACUAGGCCCGUGAGCCACAACUACUGAGCCUGCGCAUCUGGAGCCUGUGCUCCGCAACGAGAGGCCGCGAUGGUGAGAUGCCUGCGCACCGUGAUGAAGAGUGGCCCCCGCUUGCCACAACUAGAGAAAGCCCUCGCACAGAAACGAAGACCCGACACAGCCAAAAAAAUAAACAAAUGUGGGAUUUAAAAUAAAUAAAUAAAUAAAAUAACAUAACUGGAGCAGACUCCGUCGCCAGUACUGGGUGUUGCUCAUGCACCCAACAUGCUCUGGGAAACAUCUUCCCUGCCUGUCUCGGGAUCCAAGAGGGAAAGAGAAUGGACACAUGCUCUUACCAUUAUCAUUGCCUUGCUUGAUUUCCUCCGCUGUCCGAUCAAUCAACACGUACAAAGACCAGACCACGCAGGUGAUGGCAAUGACGUGGAAGGUGACAGAGCAGAAUAUCUUCCUCCUCUCACUCCUGGUCAUCUGCAGUUUCUCCCACUGCAAUUACAAAUGAAUCACACACAACUGAAUCCCCAACCCGUAAAUGUUGCUCCCCAUUUAUACCCCAGGCAUAAAUCGUGAAUCGAGGGAAAACACUGAAGAGCUGUCAUUUAGAUGACACUAUAAUACAUAAGUCUUUGUGUUUGAAAAGAUCUGAAAUCAUAACCCGUGGAGUUAUAAUAACUUAAGCAUACAUUAAAAUGAAAAAAAAUUCCUAUUCUCCAAAUGAAUUAAAUUAGGUCAUUCCUGGUUUGCUACCCUGUAAGUUCCCUUGUCUGUAACACGAAGGGGCCAGUUUUAUACUGUACAAUUUUCAGAAAUCAUUUCCACUCAGGUGUCUGCAUAUUACUUCUCUGUGGUCCUAGGUUAUAAGCAGUAAUACAUAGUCUCUUCUUGGAUUAAUACAUAACCUGAUAGAGUGUUGCAUUCUUGAAUGUGUCAACUUAACAAGUAUUUGAAUGGUAUCUGUGAGAGAAAGUCAACAUCUGUUCACAACUCUUCUAGAAGACAAAUUUUAUCCUCCUGGCAAUGGGAGGUGGUCAGCUGCAACCCCUUCCAGAGCAGCCUUGCUUUUCUGCUGCCACUACUGUCACAACCACUGUCCCCAAGUCACACUCCUCAGAAAGUUGAGGGCUGCCCCCUCAGCCUUCGAAAGGGGGAGGGCCACAGUGUUUAUAGUAAGAAGUCAAGGAUUACAUGAGGGAACAUCUCCAUUAUUUACUUUGAAGUAAUAAGCUCUCAAAUGAAAUUUUUGCUACCAAACAAAAUUUUAAUGCCUUGACAGUGACACUAUCACUUGAUUACUGUGUUAGGAUUUGAUCUUUAUUUUUCUUUGCAUAUUUCUAUAGGAAAAUCAAACCACUAUGAUCUUAUUAAAUCAUGGAUUAUUUCAGUAAUCCAUGAUUCUUUACAUUCUUUUUUCUUAAAAAUUGAAGUAUAGUUGAUUUACAAUAUUGUAUUAGUUUCAGGUGUACAGCAAAGUGAUUGUUUUAUAUAUAUGUAAAUGUAUAUAUAUAUUCUUUUUCAGAUUCUUUUCCAUUAUAGAUUAUUACAAGAUAUAAUAGCUCCCUGUGAUAUAUAGUAGGUCCUUGUUAUCUGUUUUCUAUAUAGUAGUGUGUAUCUGUUAAUCCCAAACUCUUUUUUUUUUUUUUAACAUCUUUAUUGGGGUAUAAUUGCUUUACAAUGGUGUGUUAGUUUCUGCCCCACAACAAAGCGAAUCAGUCAUACCAAACUCUUAAUUUAUCCAUUCUCCCACCCUAUCCCCUUUGGUGACCAAAAGUUUGUUUUCUAUUUCUGUGUCUAUUUCUGUUUUGUAGAUAGGUCCAUUUGUAUCUUUUUUUAGAUUCCACAUAUAAGUGAUAUUAUAUUUGUGUCUGUCUGACUUACUUCACUUAGUAUGAUAAUCUUUAGGUCCAUCCAUGUUGCUGCAAACAGCGUUAUUUCUGUGGCUGAGUAGUAUUCCAUUGCGUGUGUGUGUGUGUGUAUGAUAUAUCACACCUUCGUUACCCACUCCUCUGUCGAUGGACAUUUAGGUUGCUUCCAUAUCUUGGCUAGUAGUGUGAAUAGUGCUGCUAUGAGUCGUCACAUUCUUUACCUGUUAUGCUCUUGCUAAAGCAGAAUUCUUAGAGCUUCAGAAGACACUCCUUUCCCAUCCCACCCCACCAUCAUGCUCCAUGAAGCCCUGGCUCUGCCACCAGCUCUGAGACAUGGGUGAAGCCUUCGGUCUUUCCGGGCCCAGGUGCCUCAUCUUCCUUAGAGUCAGAGAUGUGACAGGUGUGGUGGAGAAUACACUCCUCUCCUUUUCCUGCAUUAACAGACCAAGCCUCUGAGGGUUGGCACUGUGCCAGCUGAAGCUACUUUCCCACCUUCCUGGCAGAGGUGACAAGGACUGUCUCCUACCGGUGAGAUGUGAGUGGCUAUCUCCCGGGAUGCUGAGUUUUUGUCUUCCUGACAUAGGAAUUGCCCCUUCCUCCUUCAUUUUCUCUCCUUUGCUAUUAAUUAGGAAUUCCUAAUUAAUGGUAUAAGCCCCAACAGUCAUCGUACAAACCUUGAGGAAAAGUCUUGAGAAUCGGAGAGACCUCAGCCAGUCGACCACAGCUCACUCCCAGCUGCCUGUCAUAUGCGAGGGAAAGAAAGCCCCGUCUGACUGAGCCAUUAUUUCUCAGGCCUCUGCUCCUGGCUGUCAAAUGCCAUUCCUGAUAGGAUCAAAUGGAAACCUCCUAACUUCCCUUCCGGUCUGAAUGUGAAGGUCCUAUCACUUCUUUGUGAGAGAGCACAAUGCUUAGAGUCUGAUCAUGACCCUCUAGAAAGCUUCUUCAACAUUUUAGAAAAAUAAAUGUUUUAUUUACAAACACUA